CGCGCGAGUGCGCGCUUCUUCACAGCAACAUUCUAUAUGGAAUAUUGGUCAUCUUAACGGGGAUUCAAACUCCUGGUUUGGCUGACAGGCAGUCGUUGUGCAUCACCUAUCAUCUGCGCCCUUUCAGGACUUUUUGGGUUAGUGUCUACCAUUGAAAACCGGUGAAAACCCGGUCGUAUUCGGUGCCUGUGCUCUCUUCCCCUCGCGCUCACCGGAGACUGUCCUCGCGCUGCGCACUGGGAGGCCACAAGUGCCUGUUUUCUCUCGCUAGAUUCACCAUUGAUGGAAACCGAUGCCCUGUUGCCUUUCCUCGUCCGUGCCUACCUCUGCAGCCGCUGUUUGUCGUUUAGUAACGCGACUAGGCCUGCGAGCCCAACUAUACAUCUCACAGAAUGACUUUCUGAUAGAUAAAAUGACAAGAGUGGAUCAUUUAUAUAGUGUUUUGGUCUUUUGGAUGUUGGUGUAGCGACUUUGCUGUGUGUUUUAAUCUUCUUUGGAUCCGAAGCCCGGGUGCGCGAGGAGGCAGCUAUCUCGAGAGCAAUAAACGCCCGUUAUUUUAAGGGACCGCGCGCUUCUCUCUCAGGAUGGCAAAUGAACCCGUUAUUCUUAAUGUGUAUGACAUGUACUGGAUAAAUGAAUACACCUCUACUCUGGGUAUUGGAGUCUUCCACUCAGGAAUAGAGAUCUACGGCAGAGAGUUUGCAUAUGGUGGCCAUCCAUAUCCCUUCAGUGGCAUUUUUGAGAUCAGCCCCGGAAAUGCCUCAGAACUGGGGGAGACUUUCAAAUUCAAAGAGGCUAUAGCUCUGGGUACGACAGACUUUGCAGAGGAGGACAUUGAUAAAAUAAUGGAGGAGCUGGGAAAGGAAUUCAAGGGGAACGCCUACCACCUGAUGCACAAAAACUGCAACCAUUUUUCUUCCUCGCUGUCUGAGUUGCUGUGUGGUAAAGAGAUCCCACGUUGGGUGAAUCGAUUGGCAUAUUUCAGCUCCUGUAUUCCAUUUCUGCAGAGUUGUCUGCCUAGAGAGUGGCUCACGCCCGCCGCACUCCAGACCCACAUCUGCAUGGGCCUUCGGAAGGAGAACACACACUCGCACACACACGACUCCAGCGACGAUGAGCCCUCAUCUGCCCCAGAGGCGGCAGCUGGAACCUCACACAGCUGCAGACACACUCGCGUGUGAUCUCACAUACACAGUAUUAAGCUGAAUUGAACACACAUAUACACUCCAACCUCUGAUCCUGCUGCUACAGCGCCUCCUGCUGGCCUGGAUGAACACCAGACCUCAUGGCCUCUCUGAAAGGGGAAAUCAAAGUCAUGUUUUUCUGUAGAGUCCACAGGGAUUUAAAAACCUUGCAAUGGUACUCUUAAAGUUUUAGAGUUGUUUGAUUUUUGCCAAGAUCAAAACAUGUAGUGUUCUUUCUCUUAUAAGUAGGACAAUAUGAAUGAUGGGUGAACAUGAUGGACUGUCCCCUGCUGGAGUGUGAAAGCACUACAGGCCCCGCCCUCAAAGAUACUGAACUUUCAGUAUUCAAUUCAUUUCAUUCUGUCCAUUUGACUUUUAAUCUCAUCUGGGUAUUCUCUAGAUUUAGCCGAGUUUGCUGUGUAUUUGAUUCUUUUCUAUUUUGUGAUAGAAUAAAACAGUGUGUCAUCUGCAGAGGAGCUCACAUUCCUAACCUUACUUUUUUCCUCAGUGACUUUAGUAAUAUAGAUCUGCUUUAUUUAAUGAUAUGAUGUCAAACUAAUGCCAUCUUUGGUUUACAUUUCUUUUAUUUCUAUCUUUUUGGUUUUACUUUUUUAUAUUUAAGUGCAAGGUUUUCAAUAAAAGGGCCGAUGACAUCACGUGUCUCACACACACUGACAGCAGUUGGAAAUUGCAGCCUUAUAACUGUAAGCCAUUGAUAUGCUGGACUCAACUGAAACAAAAGACCCCUGUUGUUCUGUCGUUGAGGACACAAAGGGGGUAUUUGUGAGGGUGAUGUUGAGGGGGUGGGUGGGGUCUGCACAUCAGGUCUGGUAUCAGUACUGUACAACAGUGUUGUGACUGAAUGCAACGUCUGAGUGAUUAGGAGAGAGGGAAUGUGUGUUGCAAAGGUGUUAAUGGUCAUUUCUCUUGACUUUAGUUAUUGUGCUUUCUGGCUUUUAAAAGUGCUGACUGAAAAGAGUGAUGAUGUUGUUGUUAAAAUGAGUCAUCCACACCUCACUACAUGACUUUUGCACAGAUUGUUGCCCCGAUUUUCAGUCUGGAGGAUUCGACACCAGUUGCCACAAGUAAAAGCCAGGCUGCGGAUUUUGCGUUGUGUAUGAUGGGACUCACAGACUGAUUUCAUCCAGUCGGAAGAUAUCAAACAUGUUUCUGCUUGACUUUGUUGUGUUUUGAAAGACUUGUAAGUCUGGGAUCUUCAGUCAUCUAGUGUAGAAUGGCCAGUUUUUCCUCUGUAACCAUUUACAACAUCUGCAAGUGUAUGAUGGCUAGUGUUUUAAAAUCUGUUCAGAUUUUAAAAUUAGUGAAGUGUAAUACAGCCUCGACAGUAAUUGAAGGCAACAAAUAAAGGUUGUAGGGUCAUUUCAGUCUCCAGGCUCUGGAAAAGACCUUAGUAAAUGUAGACACCAUCUAAUUUUUCACAAGCUGUGAAAGACAGAUGCACAGUCAGUUCAAAGGGUUGAUUGUGUUAUGGUCCUAAAGCAAUUUUCUUAAUACAUGUUUUACAACAAAUUUUGUUAGAAAAGUACAUUUUCAGUGUUUCGGCAGCUGAAAUAUUGACAGAAAAGUUAAGAGCAUUAAAAUGUCUGUUCAUUUGUGAAAUAUUAAAAAAGGUGUUUACUUUGACUAUGGUCCAUAUUAGAGUAAAUGAUUCAUCUCUUAGUAUUAUUUUGAUCUUUCUGUGCCAUUUUGCCUCUCUUUGCAAAUCUUCACCUUUGUCGCUCAGGAUGGCAUGGCAUUGUAGGUGGCAACGCCACCCAUGAGUCAAAUCUAUAGGAAAUAUGUUUUUGGUGAAGUAUUUAUAAAAUUGAAUUUUAUAUUUGGAAUAUGAUUCUGUUUACUGUUAUUUUGUCAAAGAUCCUAUCUGUAGAGCCUAAUUCUUAUGAUGCUAUUUUUGUUUAAUUUAGUGGAGGCCACAACUGAGAUCUUUUACUAGUUCAGCAAAGACCCAUUUUGUAGGCAUUCCCCACUGAUGCCAUUUCUAGACUCGAUUAGUACUUCUUGUUUUGAUGUGAUUGACAAUUUCAGAUAUUUACAGAUGAAUAGAGAAUAAAGAAAUUAAAAGGCUUUUCCCUGAAUUUUA